AAUUUGCCUGCCUAGGUUGCUAUUCCCGUCGUGUCGCAUACAAUAUUAUAUGAACAAGUAUCGCAGCCGAUACUGUAGUCAAAGGACGACGAACAACCAUACACACAAAGUUCACUGUGUUGAAAGUGAGUCAACAAGGCGCAAGAUACGAAACGCCACUUGUAAGUGAUGACACUUAGGUUCUAAUAAACUCGCAUUUUGUCUGUUGCCGGUGGUCCCAAACCAGUCAUGGAUAUCAACCACCUUACCUUUUUGGGUAAUUAUCUCAAGAUCCUGAAGCACAUAUCAGAUUCGCAUUUCGUAGCCAUAGAUCUCGAGCUUUCCGGCGUCUCAGUCAAGACCAAGAACCGCCGGAAGCAAACUCUCCAGGAACGUUACGUUGAGACCAAAGCCGCAGCUGAGCAAUAUCAGAUUCUCCAGGUUGGACUCACAUGUGUCGAACAAGUGCAAGACCUUGGACUAGAUACAUACAAAUAUGUCGUCCGUCCGUAUAACAUCCAAAUCAGCCCGCUGAUAGACGAACGCUUGGAUCUAGAGCGCACCUUCGCUUUCUCAAGCUCGGCCGUCGAAUUUCUUCUUUCACACAGUUUUGAUAUGGCCAAGCCCUUCUAUUCCGGUGUUCAGUACCUCUCUCGUACCGAGGACGACCUUGCCAUGAAGCUUGCCAUGGACCGUCUUGACCGAGUUCAGCUCGACGACAUCCAACUCAGUCCCUCGGAUGUUGAUUCGAUCGCCUUCUUAGACGCCAUCCGCUCCAUUGUCGGUGCCUUCGUCAAAAGCGACGACAGAGUUCCAUACAUUGACAUCCUCUCACAUGACUCGUUCGCAAAGAAGCAGCCCGAGUUCGGCGAGCUCGGUCAAUUCGAGAAGCGUCUCGUCCACCAGCUUGUCCGCGCCGAAUUCCCAGGAUAUAUGACGCUUGGCCGGCGAUCUUCAGUGCGCGUGCAACGCAUUGACGACUCACGUGAGGCAUCAAUCCGGAAAUCUAAGAAGCGCGAGAUACGCGAUAAGAUCGGGCGGCAAACGGGGUUCCGAUGGGUCAUGGAGGCGUUGGCUGCGGACGGCAACCUACAGAAACUGGAUGGGCGGCUGCAACACUUUGCGAAGAACCCUGUCACCGGGGAGUCUGGAGUUGUCGACAUUCACGAUCUCAAUUCGAGAUUUCACGACGCACAUCAGCGGUUGAAGAAGCGAACGCCGGUUCUGGUUGGGCAUAAUUGCUUCACGGAUAUGGUGUAUCUGUAUCAGUGCUUCUUCGGCAGUCUCCCUGAUACCGUGGAAGAGUUUCAGGACGCACUACAUGCAGUCUUCCCUUGCAUUGUCGACACCAAGUAUCUCGCCACGCAUGACUGCGGUGAUAUAAAUCCCAUUUCGUCCCUCCAAGAGACCGAAGAGAAGUUGCGAUUACAGGCAUAUCCGACACUGGAGACGGACGAAUUAUUCGGAAAAUACUCAAACGCCGACCACGGUGCACUGCUGCACGAGGCAGGCUACGACUCAUACCUCACAGCGUUGAUCAUGGUGCGAUUAAGCACACGACUGGACGUGCAGGCAAGCGCAGAUAAUACGACCAAAGAACCAGAAAUCUCAGACCAAACCACCGACCCGAAGCAACCAGACGUAGAGCUCUUUGCCGUCAAGUCCACCAAACAACAACACAAAACACAGGCUUCCAGUUCGAGGGCCACGCUACCAUCAUCAGCACAAUCCUCGGCAUCUACGCCUCUUACCAAUAGCAAAUGCAUGCCACCUUUCGCGGACUCGUUCUGGCAGACAUACGGCAACAAGCUCCGCGUCUUCGGCACUGCGGAAGGAUUGUGUGAGGUUGGGCCCUGGGAGCAAGAACCGCUUACCAGUGGCAGUGAGGAUCAAUGGGGUGCGGGCGGAGUCAGCCUUGAUGAGACUGCUGAGUGGAAGCCGGACGACAGCGGGAAGGACGACGAUGAGGCGUUUGCAGAGGACAUGAGCAAGGUGUGGAACACGGUGCAAAGAAAGACAAAGGGAAGGAGAAAGGCUUAGGAUCGGGGUCAGGAAGACAUCGUCUCGUUAUUGAUACAGACAUAUGUUAUACCAGCCACUUCGCAUGCCCAGAUAGCGCCCAAC